AUGAAUUCUUUUCAACUUAAUAAAGAAAUCCCAGAUGAAACUGCAGCUGUAAAAUCUCUUCAAAAACGUGGUUUAAUUCCUGAAGCAAAGGAAUGCGAAAAUGGUCAUGAAAUAAAGCUUUCUUUUGGCGCAGGAACCAAAAUGCCACUAAAAACGGUAAUUAUGUUCAUUUAUUAUUGGGCAAAUAAAGAUUCGUCUGGGGAAAGAAUAAAAAGGGAAUUGGACGUGUCUCCAGUUAAAACUGUGGACUGGAACAGUCUUCUGAAAGAAGUGUGCCUUUUUAUGGAGAAGAAGAACGAAAAUAAGAUUGGAGGAAAAGGGUUAACUGUGGAGGUUGAUGAAACCCUUUUCGCGCAGCGGAAGAAUGCUGGGGCAGCAGUGGUGCUUUGGAGGGAUCUGCAGGGAGACCAAAGAAUGUUUUGUAGAGCCUGUUGCAGAUAA